GCUAUCGAUCGGGCACCUAAGGACAUUGAAAUCCAAACCGUGCGACCAGUUUUCGGUGUUGUUUUGCCAAUCGCAUAAAUUUGUUGCGCGCCAUUUUGUUUUUGGAAAGGAAGGCAAAAAAGAAAAAAUAAAACAAAAAGGCAAAGUUUAUAAAAAUAAAGGAACAAAAAAUAACCAAGGGAAAUGCAAGUGAAAAACAUGUGGUGCUGGCGAUAGAUUGUGUAUCAGUGUGACUCGCAAUGCGUGCGGCCUAGAAGUCGUAACCCCCGCCCCCGAGAACCAAAGCCCCGACCGCCCUUCGCACACACACACACAUCUGUAUCUACAAACUGCUCAUAAAUUUUAAUUAAUUCAAAAGGCAGAGGCAAAAACAAAGCACAAAAAACACCGGAAAACAGGGAAAAUUAAUAAAAAUCAAUAGAGCGGCGGGAGGCGAUAAAAAGAGUGUUAUCAGUGCGGUUUAAUUGGCUGCAAAGCGCAGAAGAGGAGGAGGAGGAGGAGUGGAGCGGGAGAAGGAGGAGGUGGCACCUCCGGAGAUUGAGGACUAAAUCCGGGACACGGAGGAGCCAUCACCAUGUCCGUGCAGCAGUUCUGCCUGCGUUGGAACAACCACCAGCCGAACUUCAUAUCGGUCUGCUCCUCGCUGCUGCACAAUGGCACCCUGGUGGACGUCACCCUGGCCGCCGAGGGGCGCCAACUGCAGGCCCACAAAAUAGUGCUUUCCGCUUGCAGUUCGUACUUUCAGGCCCUGUUUACCACAAAUCCGUGCCAACAUCCCAUCGUCAUCCUGAAGGAUGUGCAGUACGAUGACCUAAAGACCAUGGUGGACUUUAUGUACUAUGGCGAGGUGAAUGUGUCGCAGGAGCAGCUGCCGCACAUCCUCAAAACGGCCGAGAUGCUCAAGAUCAAGGGCCUGGCGGAGAUGCCCACGGAUCCGGCCAAUCUGACCAAGUCGGACAGCAAAUCCUCCACCGAUGGCAACGAAUUGGUGGGUGGCGGCGGUUCGGGUGUGGGCACUGGAGCGGGCACUUCGACUGGCAGCUUAGGCGCCGGCAGUGGCAGCAGCGUGGGCGAUUCCCUGUGGAGCAGCAGCGAGGCACAGCAGUUCCAGCAGCAGCAGCAGCAACAACAACAGGCCCAGCAACAGGCGCAGCAUCAUCACCACCAGCAACAGCAGCAGGCGGCGCUGCAGCAGGCGCAGCAGCAACAGGCGCAGCAGCAGCAACAGGCGCAGCAGCAGCAACACCAUCACCACCACCAUCAGCAGCAGCAGGGCGGACAGGGACAGGCGGGGCAGACGCAUCACCACCAGAUGCGACGCACGCCUUCGCCCUUGAGCGCCGGCACUUCGCCGGCCACCAGGCGCAAAAGAUUGCGCAAAUCCUCGAAUAACGGCUCUGGCGAACGCAACAAUGUGGAGGAGCAGCACAAUAGCUCAUUAGAUGCGGGCAAUGGCGCCGGGAAUGCCGGUCUAAGUCUCGCCCAGAUGAGCCAAAUGUCGUUUGGCGCGGGCGGCAGCCUGGCCGGUCACUCGCUGCACGCGGCCAAGCUGCUCAAGGAGUCGGCUAGCGCCGAGCUCGAGCAGCAACCGCAGGACUCGGAUCUGGACGACGGACACGGACACUUACACAUGCAAAUUAAGCCCGAAGUGGACAUUGGCGGCGUGAAUCAGACGAUGCCCCUGGACAUCUCUGGCGGAACCACACCAUCCGAGCACGAUGCGCCCAACUCCCAGUCCUCGCACUCGGGUCUGCAAUGGACAGUUGUCGAUUCGAACUAUCCGCGCUUCUCCCUGCCCGCCUGCCAGUCCAACUUGCUGGGCAAUGGCGGUGGUGGCAGUGGUGGUGGCGGCACUGGCAGUCAGAGCAGUGGUGCAAAUAGCACCGUCAAUAGCGAUCAGCGGCAGCAGCACGAGGCCCAGCAACAGGCCGUCACCCAGCAGCAACAACACCUGCAGCAGCUACACUACCAACAGCAGCAGCAGCAACAGCAGCAGGAGCAGGCCUCCGCCUCGGGACAGGCCUACUCAUCGCAGAUCAUCACCGUGAACAACCUAGUCGGCAGCUACGCGACGGCGGCCCAAAACCUAUCGCCCAGCGAAUCGAACAUGGUGCAAUCGGUCUACAGUCAGGGUCCGACGCCCACUCAAUCGCCCGCGCAUACGGGCGGAGCCAGUGCCGUCGGCGCAGGAGGAGCAGGAAAUGCUGGCAGUGCGGGCAACGGAGGAGCUACUGGGCCAGCCAAUCAGGUGGUGAAACGCAAGCGAUCGGUGAAUCCGCAGGGAGAUGAGAACUUUAUACGCGCUCUGGAGGCAGUGCGCACGGGCGGCAUUGGUUUCUGCAAGGCAGCACGACUGUAUGGCGUCAAUAACAGAACUCUCUGGCUGGAGUACAAGAAGCGGGGCUACCCCGUGUCCAGGCCCAGCAUAAAGGCGCGCGUGGUCAAGCAGGAGCCGAAUUUGUCGCCCUCGCCCACGCCCUCAACGAAUCAGGGUGAUGACAACACCAACGAGACGUUGAGCAUGCAGAUUCCUCCCCAAGCGGAGACGCCAACGCCCUCGCUGAUGUGCACUCCGCAUCAUGCGGGCUUGGGGAGUGGAGCUGGCAGCCUGCCCGGCGGGGGAAACUCCCACCCAGCCAUUGGCGUGAUGAGCCUGUUCGAUCCGCGCUACAUGGACUCCCCCGGCAAUGUGCACUCGAUGACGCGGCAGCGUUACAUUGAAGCCACCGGCGGAGGAGCGGGCGCGGGAACGGGCGCAGGAACUGGAACCAUCAAUGUCAAUCCCACCACCGCCAUGAAUCUACAGAGUAUUAACUUCAACUCGAUAUAGAAUACGAUUUCGAGCCAGGCGGGGGGGACGGCCACUCUGCUGCAGGCAGCCGCCGUGAUGGCCGCCAGUGGAGCCGUGGAGUCAGCGGAAUCGCAAGCGCAAUCGCAAUCCCAAUCCCAAUCCCUGAGCAUAUCAGCCAUGCCCAUGCCCGUCUCCGUUCCCAUGGGCAUGGCCCAUAGUUUCCUCAUCAAUAACUUUGUGACGGUGGCUGCUGCACCGCCGGUGACGGGCCUGCAGUACUUGGACAAGUCGUAGGUCCAAGUGGGUCCACCAAAUCGAUCGAUACAGGUAUUAGAGCAAAACGGCACCAAUCUAGUGUAUAUAGCAGCGGACCGCUUUUACGGAAGAGUGGCAAUAGGAUAGAUGGAUGCAUGACGGAAUGGAUUCCUGCGCUGAGCUGAGCUAAGCAGAGCAGGAGAGGAUCGCAAAGCUGGAGAGGAUCGAAUCGGAUCAGUUAGAAUGAUAGAAUGACAGAGAAGACGAGGCGAGCCGGCCGCACUUGUAAUAAUUUUUUAGAACCUAAUUCCUUAAGCUUAAAGUUUUGAACGCUACAUUUUAACGAUUGUUAACUAAGUAAAUCGGUAGUACAGAUCUUCGAUAUAUAUAUAUAUAUAUAUAUAUAUUUAUAUAUAUAUUAGCUAUAUUACGUGUAAAGGAAUAAUUGUAAUUGUACAUAAAUUAUACAAUUUUAUUAGUGUUAAUCGCGAACAUCAAAUGAUUUGUAAAGCAACCAACUGCAGCUAAAAAAAAGUGGUGCUGUGUGUGCCAGCAGCCGAACAAACCUUGCGGAAUCAUCCGUUCCAUAUUCCACUUUUUUGUAAUGCGAACACAAGCAAUGGACGAAACCAAAAAUUUUAUCUGUAAUCGUAUAAUGAUAAAUGUUAAGGACAAAAUGAGAUUUAUUGGCACAUUUCUGGUAACAAAUUUUCCAAUCCCACAUUUUCGUGGGGUUUGCUCUGGCUCUGGCGCAUUAGAAAUAGGUUUUCUUCCUCGUUUCGAAUGAGAUUUCAAUUCUGCACUUGUGUUACAAUAGCAAAUAUCAGUAUGUAGAGGUACUCCCGCAUUAUAUUUAGCUUCUUAUCAAUGUGAACAGAGUGUGAGCGGUGAAGAAUCCACUCUAUUUGAAGCAUAAGCGUAAUCGUUAGCGAACAACUCCCUUCGACUUCAAACCGAAUAAAUGUCAUGAACAGAGGGAUAUAGAGUGAUCUAUAUCUGCAAUAGACUAACAGAUCAACAGAGGAGCAUGUAAGAGAACCGGAUAUGUACGAUAAGAUAUGUACCAAUCAAUAUACAUGUAUAUAUAUUUAUAUUUGUGAAUGUAUCCAAAAGAUUUUUUCAUUUCUUUCCGAGGUUUUUACGUUUACACGUUUCCAAAUGCGACAACAACAUAUCUAAAGGGGGUAUUCAAUACGGGGACUCUUAUUUAUUUUGGCACUUUUGGUUCUUGACGAUUUCUUUGUACAUAGGUAUGUACAUAUUGAGGCGGUAAUGAUUACAAGAUACAGAUACGCAAACAAACGAAACUUAAAGAUAACUCGUAACCACCCAAAAUCCUAAACGGAGACUGCAGCUAAAAGGCAAAUAGAAAACCAAAACAGAAACACAAACACAAACGGAAACGUAAACGGAAAACGCAUAUGUCGCGAUUCCGGUUAUGAAUAACGAUUACGAAUAGUGUGUUUUUAAUACGAUUCAUAUACAUAAUGUAACUAAUAGAGAACUUUUUAUAUUGUGUCAAGGCAUACUAAGAACUAAGCGUGAUUUGUUAGAAGUCAUAGAGUAACGUAACUUUGAUAAUGGACUUUUAUUACACUCGCCCACACAGAAAUGCCAUGAUAUAUCAUGGUGGAUCCCCACGAUCCCAGGUCACAGAAACAACCAACCCAGAACAGAACCCAACAGAACACGGAUGAACGAAAAUAGCAGAAACAAUAAGCAAAUAUUACUAACUCUGUUUCCUACAAUUGCAAAGUACCAAUAACUACGCUAGUUAUGUGUGUUAAAUAUAUAUAUAAAUUAUUUAAAUCAGCGCAAGUGCAUAAGUGAACCGAUUGUAUUAUAAGUUGCAUGUACCAUACCAAGUAAUGCGAAUGCGAGCCCCACACGAAUAUCGAGAUCGUGAUCGUGAUCGGGAUCGAGAUCGAUAUGGAACGAACAUUCUAGACUGUAGUCGAUGUGCAAGAAACGAAUAAACUUUCAAAACUACAACGUA